GCGCGCCAACGCAAAAGGGAAGCGACGCCACCAUGUCACGUGACCGACGCCCAGGCUUUGCACAGGAUGGAGCCGGAAGAGGCGACGCCCUUGUGGCGGCUGCAAAAGCUUUCUGUGGAGCUAAGCCCGCAGCUUCUUCACAAAAUAAUUGAUGGCAUUUGUGGCCGAGCAUAUCCUCUCUACCAGGAUUAUCACAGCAUUUGGGAUUCAACAGAAUGGAAGCAUGUUCUAGAUGAUAUUACCAAAUUUUUCAAAUAUGUAGUUGGUAAAAAUUUGACUGAUGAAGAGAUACUCCAGCAGCUGAAUCAGUUGAAUUCAUUUCAUCAAGAAACUAUCAUGAAAUGCUUAAGAAGUAGGAAAGAUGAAAUCAAGCAAACUCUGUUAGAUGAAAUAGUUGAUAUAUCUUCUGCACAGCUACGGGAUUUUGACUGGCAGUUAAAGUUUGCAAUUUCAAGUGACAAAAUUGCUGCACUACAAAUGCCACUUUUAAACCUUCAUCUAGAUGUAAAAGAAAAUGAUGACGUCAAAUCAUAUUCUGUUGAAAUGAACAAAGAAGAGCUGCAGAAUCUAAUAAAUUCCUUGGAAGCAGCUAAUAAGGUGGUCCUACAGUUGAAAUAACUGGAAAUUAUGAAUAUCAACACAGUCAGAUUCCACUGCUGCAACUGAAUGCAAAAGGAAACUGUGUUGUCUGAGAACUGGGGGUAUACUUUUAUACCAAGCUGAGAAAGCAGCACUGAGAUUACAAAGAUUAAACUUACCUGCUUCUCUAGGAACCGGUAAUUACAUGGUUGACAGUAACUGCAAGAUGAAAGCUAAAAAAGCUAUAAUAGCAGGUUAUAUUUUCAUAAUGAAUUUCGCCUCAUUUGUUAAGUAUUUCAGAAAUGUUUAUAGAUAAACAGUUUUAUUAAAAGCUAAAAAUAGGCUUUAAAGUAAUGUAAUCACGCAGAGCACAAAUAUACGUAAAGAGGGUAUGUGAGUAGCAAGGAUGUGUAUUGUGGAUAUAUGUGAUUAAUUUGUGAUAAUUAAAAAUAACUUAAAGAAUAUAUAAGCUGCAUAUAUAUCUCAGGAGAUUCUAAAUCUUAAUCUUAUAUUUCAAAGGAAAGAUUAUAAAAUAUAAAAUUUCUUAGAGAAAGAGCUCUUCAGACAAGAACAAGAAGAAAAUUUGUGUGAAGAAUUUUGAGUUUAGAAUUGUAGAAAUGAAAAUUUUACAUUGGAAACAGGAAAAAUGAAAAUAACAUUGUUUUUUCUGCCUUUCUGUGUCUGACUGGGUGAAUAUACUGUGGCAAAAAAGAAUAGAUGCCAUUGUACAGUGUGUAUUGCUAUUUAAAUAUCAGCUAAGACUAUAUGUAGGUCCACUUUUGUUAUAAACUCUUAAUAUUGAAUGUAACAAUUUUGGAUGUUAACAACUUCACUUUGGGAAAAAGCCAUUUUUAAUUUCAGUUAACUAAAAUCAAGCAUUCUUAACAAAUAAAAAAUGUUAUUUCACUUUCAAUGUUGUUUCAUUUUAGAUGACUUUCCACAGAACACAAUAACAUAAUUAAUUGGAACCUGCUCCUUUACAAACCAUAGCUCACUAGCCAUGAGACUAUUAUUUGACUAGCUAGAGCAAUAACACUAUUCUAAUUAUAAAGAUGAAGAUAGAGGGUGAUCUAGGUGAUGCUCCUUAGUAUGUGUCUGUAGACUAAUGCUUGUUUAUGACUUUUUUUGAGGUUGGUGAUUAUGCUAAAAUGUUAAUAUACUGAGAUUUUUUUUUUAAAGAUUUAUUUUAUUUGUGCAUACAAGAGCUGGGUGUAGGCCAAAGGUGUGGGGGUGAGAGGAUUCACAGAACAGGCAGAUCUACUGAGCUACACUGCUGAGGGUUGCAGCGGGCGAGACAGGAGAGGUCUGCUUCAUCAUGUGGCGCUCCCUGGCCAGGAAUUGAACUUGUGCUGCAGUGUCUAUGGACAGCUUCAUGGUGCUGAGACUUAACCCCUUGCACCACCAGGGAGGCACAGUAUACUGAGAUAUUUUGGUUAUGAAAGAUACCAGCUGAGCUAGUGUGCUUAGUGAGGUAGUUGACUUUACCUUCUUGUGCGAGUCUUCUGUGUCAUGGACAAGUGGCAGUUGGCAGACCAGCAAUUUAAAUAAUACCCAGUUCAUGAGGUUCCUGCAGAAUUUUGUCCCUCUGCGCAGCACUUCCUUGGAAAAGCAAAUAUUCUUACUCUGCUCAUUUACCCUUCACCACAUGUUGUUACUCCAUCAGCAUAUUCAAUUCCUUUUUUGAAAUCUGGUAUACUAUAAAUAGCAUAUACAUAAAGUGCACAUAUUUAAAUCUGAUAAAUUGUUACUUUCACACCUCCGAAAAGCACCACCUCAAUUAAGAUGGUUAUUAUAUUAAUAUAGUAUCACGCUGGAAAGUAUCCUUGUUCCUUUGUUAUCCCUGCUUCUGUGCCCUGUUCCCCUCACCCCCCCAAGUAGCUAAUGAUCUUCUUGUCUGUAGAUUAGUUCACAUUUUCCAAAGUUUAAAAGAAAUGGAGUAUAUAAUAUGCAUUCUUUUUGUGUGUGAAUUGAUUUCUUAAAGCAUUAUUUUGAGCUUCAUCUGUGUCAUUACAUAUAUCAGUGGUUCAUUCCUUUUUUUGCUAGAACCCUUCUGUUGUAGAGUUUUGUCAUAUUUGUUUAUUCACUUGUUAAUGGGUAUUUUGGCUUUUAAAAUUUUUACUUAUCAAGAUAUACACGCUGCUGUGAAGUGUAUAUAUAUGUAUACAUGCCUUUGUAUGGACAUAAAUUUUUUUGGAGUAAAUGCUUAGGAGGGAAGUGACUGGAUCUUA